UUGGUGUGCAGCAAAGCCGUGAACAAGGGCGAGCAGCUGUUUGCAGUGCCCGAGGCGGCUUGGAUCACAGCAGAUACAGCACAGCAGUCGCAGAUUGGCAGCCACCUGACGGGGCUGGAGUCCUGGCUGGCCAUCGCCCUCUUCCUGCUGCACGAGCGUGCCAUGGGCAACGCCAGCCGCUGGGCCCCCUACAUCGCCUUGCUGCCCGCCGACAGCGGCAGCCCGGUGCAGUGGGAGGAGGCAGACUUGGCUGAGCUGCAGGGGAGCCAGGUGCUGGGCACCGUGCAGGGCUACCGAGCCUAUUUCCAGCAGCGCUUCGACCAGCUGCAGGCGGAGGUGUUUGGGCCAAACAGCCAGGCCUUCGAUCCCAUAGUGUUCAACUUUGAUGCUUUCCUCUGGGCCGCCUGCACCGUGCGCGCUCGAGCGCACCCGCCGCUUGACGGCGGCAACAUUGCCCUGGUGCCGCUUGCAGACAUGGUGCGCUCUCAACCCAGUUGGCCUCCCGACAGCGCAGGCUGGCAGCUCAAGCAGACUGGCGGGCUGUUUGGGGCGGGGUCCACGCAAGCACUCGUCAUGGAGGCGAGCGGCAGCAUGGCGGCGGGUGAUGCCAUUGCCAUGGAUUUUGGCCCGCAGAAGUCUGAUGGUCAGUUGCUUGUAGACCACGGAGUGAUCGACCCGCUUGUGAACCAGCCAAGUUAUGCGCUGACGCUGGAGCUGAGCAAGGAGGACCGCAACUAUGACGACAAGGCAGACAUUUUGGAGCUGAACGAGCUGGCCGAGAGCACGGAGCACAUCCUGCGCGCUGACCGCGCGCCCGACGCGGGCCUGCUGCCUGUGCUGCGCCUGCUCAACCUGUCGGGCACCGAUGCCUUCCUGCUGGAGUCCAUCUUCCGCAACGAGGUGUGGGAGCACAUGCAGCUGCCGGUGAGCGAGGACAACGAGCGCGGCUGCUACCAGCAGCUGAUCGACGGCUGCACCGCCGCGCUGGCCGCCUACCCCACCUCCAUCGACGAGGAUCUGGCGCUGAUGGCCAGCGGCAGCCUGCAGCCGGGCAGCCGGCGGCAGAGCGCGGUGCGGGUGCGGCUAGGGGAGAAGGAGGCGCUGGAUGCCACACUGCGCUACUUUGAGGGCCGGAUCAGCAGGCUGGAGAACAUGGAGUAUUACGCGGAGCGGCGGCUCAAGCGCCUGGGCCUG